GGAACCAGGUAUCUGCCUGCACCUGAGCACCAACCUCUACAGACACUAGUGGCUUUGGUGAUCUUUUUCUGUUAAGCUGGAAGACAGUGAGCUCUAGCAAUUCUGUCUCUGCCCCUUUGGUGAUUGAUUUACAGGUUACCGAGGAAGGAGAGACAAGAGUCAGACUUCUUGGGCUGUGGACACCAUGGAUCUCAAACAUAAUUGUUCAGUGAAGCUAAACGAUGGAAAGUUGAUGCCAGUGCUUGGAUUUGGCACGUAUGCUCCAGAUCGUAUUCAAAAGAGCAAGGUUAAUGAGGCUACCAAAAUAGCCAUUGAUGUAGGUUUCCGUCACAUAGAUGCUGCAUACUUCUACCAAAAUGAGGAAGAAGUUGGACAGGCCCUCAGGGACAAGAUGGCUGAUGGAACUGUGAAGAGGGAGGAUUUAUUCUACACCACCAAGAUUUGGGCGACUUUCCUUAGACCAGAGAUGGUUCGUCAGUGCCUGGAGAGAUCACUGAAGAAACUUGGGCUGGAUUAUGUAGAUCUCUGUAUUAUUCAUGUACCGGUUGCUAUGAAGCCUGGAGAGGAACUUGUGCCAAAGGAUGACAGUGGAAAAAUUAUUUUUGACUUAGUGGACAUUUGUGAUACAUGGGAGGCACUGGAGAAGUGUAAAGACUUAGGUUUAACCAAGUCCAUCGGGGUGUCCAAUUUCAACCACAAACAGCUGGAAUUGAUUCUGAACAAACCAGGGCUAAAGUACAAGCCCACUUGCAAUCAGGUAGAAUGUCACCCAUAUAUAAACCAGAGCAAACUCCUGGAGUUCUGCAAGUCCAAAGACAUUGUUCUAGUUGCCUAUAGUGCCCUGGGAUCCCACAGAGACCCAAAAUGGACAAGCAGUGAUAGCCCAUACCUUCUGGAGGAACCCAUCUUAAAGACCAUUGCCAAGAAACACAACAGAACUCCAGGCCAGGUUGCCCUGCGCUACCAGCUACAGAGGGGUGUGGUAGCUUUGGCUAAGAGCUUCAAUGAGAAGAGAAUCAAAGAGAACUUCGAGGUGUUCGAUUUUGAAUUGACCCAAGAAGACAUGAAAGCAAUUGAUGGCCUCAACAGAAAUUUUCGAUAUAUUAACUUUUUAUUUGCAGUGGAUCACCCUUACUAUCCACUUUUGGAAGAAUACUGAGCAUGAACAAUUAACCAUUACAGAGACUCUCCUCCCUCCAGACAAUGUGUAUCUGUAUUUGGUGGAGUGGUUGAGAAGCAGGAUUCCUGCCUCCGUGUGCUUGUCAAAUGUUGCAAAAAUCUCAAGUGUUUUCCCUGAUGA